AUGGUCGCUAGCAUCCUUCAGGUGGAAGCUCGAUUCAACAGCCGGGAAACUCACGGAUACGAUUGGGUCUUCUUCAAUAAUGAGGAGUUCACUGAAGGGUUUAAAGCAGCCGUGUCUAAAGCUACCGAUUCCCAAUGCUACUUCGAACGCAUCCCUCAAGAGCACUGGAGAAUUCCAUCUUGGAUCGACAUUGACCGGUUUGAUAUUGGUCGUCAAUUCAUGGGUGGUAUUGGUGUCGGCAAGGCGUGGUUACAAAGCUACCAUCAUAUGUGUCGUUGGAACGCUGGUAUAUUCGCCUUGGAGAAACGUCUUGCCGAUUAUGACUGGUUUUGGAGAGUUGAGCCUGGUGUCAAGUUCUCCUGUGAUAUCAAUUACGACGUGUUCCGAUUUAUGCAAGAUAACAAUAUGGCGUACGGAUUUAAUAUGGCCAUUCUCGACGAUGCCCGAUCUUUCCCUUCUCUAUGGGAGCGAACCAAAGAAUUCAUCGACCAUAACGAGGAGUUGGUAAAUGAAGAGGCAGAUUUCGAUUGGUUACUGUACACGGCUGAAGAUCAUGAUGAUGUGAUUCGUCCGCACACGGGUGCCAAGGAGGGCCUGGGUGAUGGGGAGUACAACAAUUGCCAGUUUUACUCCAAUUUUGAAAUUGGUUCUCUGAAGUUCUUCCGCAGCAAAGAACACAGGGCAUAUUUCGACCAUCUGGACAAAGCUGGCGGGUUUUAUUAUGAACGGUUUGGGGAUGCUCCUGUUCAUACACUCAGUGUUAGCAUGUUCUUGCCCAAGAGUCGAAUCUGGUACUUUCGUGAUAUCGGCUAUGCGCAUGGUCUCUGUGAGCAAUGCCCUCCUCAUGAACGCCAGUUAGCGCCCGAAUUGCAACGAAAGACGCUGCUGCCACGAGAAAUAGAACAAGAAGUACCCGAACCAACCAAAUAUAAUACCCAAGCAAUGAUGGAGGGACCAUUCGAAAGCUUCGGCAGUAAGCAUCAGCGAUGGACUACAAUGGCACAAGAUGUCCAACGUCAAAAGGGAAUACCUGGUCUCGCGUGCGGCUGCACCGUCAAUGCGAUCGACAGCAAUAAUGCAAAACUCGUGCCUUAUGAGUCAAAGCAGCGAAAGCCUUCGGACCCAUGCAUUCGUAAGUUUCUAGGGGGUAAAUGGCUCGUCAAGAAGGACAAGGUAUCUGAUUUGAAUAGUGACACAGGAAUUAUUGGGAGCAGUGAUAGUGUUGAGUACGUUCUGGAUGGUCGAGAUGGUAACCCCUUUUAG